GGGAAAAAAAACCCACGCCUAAAAACGCUAUCCAGUCUCGAUUGUGUAGUCGUUGUUAAUUAUUUGCAUGUAGUUAAUCUAGUGCUCUCAUCAAUCAUCAUCAUCCACAUGUUUCGCAGAUUUCAAUGGAGUGCGCAAGAUAAAGCGAUUAUUACAGAGCUGAGCAACACGAUCAAUUGUUCCCAUCACUUCCCUUGCCCCUCUUUCGCUCAUAGCAUCUGAUUCCCCCCAUUUCUUCCAAUUUUUUCUUACCAGAUUUCGUUCAUUCUGCAAUCCAAUCCAGAGUUCCAACUCCCAACUACCCAAUUUUUUCUACCAUUUAUCCCGCUUCUCCCUACGAUUUCCGUGGCUCCGUUGGUGGGUUUUACGUAUCAUGAAGAGUAGAGGAUUCGGGAUCUGAAAUUGGAAUUUGUUUUUGUUUGUGGCGGUUGAGGAUGCUUCCGUGGGGAGGUCUUAGCUGCUGUUUGAGUGCAGCUGCUCUUUAUCUUCUUGGAAGGAGUAGUGGCCGGGAUGCGGAGUUAUUGAAAUCUGUCACGCGGGUCAAUCAGUUGAAGGAAUUGGCUCAAUUGCUUGAGACUGAAUGUGUAUUACCUCUGGUUGUUGCAAUUUCUGGAAGAGUUAGCUCUGAUACACCAAUAAAGUGCGAGUUUAGUGGUUUGCGGGGUGUAAUUGUGGAGGAAACGGCAGAGCAGCAUUUCCUGAAGCACAAUGAUGCAGGAUCAUGGAUUCAGGAUUCUGCACUGAUGCUAUCCAUGAGUAAAGAAGUUCCUUGGUAUCUGGAUGAUGGGACUGGUCGUGCAUUUGUGGUGGGGGCCCGAAGUGCCACAAAUUUUAUAUUACCAGUAGUGAGUGAGGUAUUUGAAGAGUCUGGCAGAUCCCUUAUGCGUGGCACAUUAGAUUAUCUCCAAGGACUUAAGAUGCUUGGAGUGAAGCGAAUAGAACGCGUGCUACCUACUGGUACUUCCUUGACUGUCGUUGGUGAGGCUGCCAAAGAUGACAUUGGUACCAUCAGAAUACAGAGACCACACAAGGGGCCAUUUUAUGUCUCCCCGAAAACAAUUGAUCAACUCAUAAGCAAUCUUGGGAAGUGGGCAAGGUGGUACAAGUAUGCUUCCAUGGGUUUGAGCAUAUUUGGCUUGUAUCUCAUCACAAAGCAUGCUAUUCUCUAUCUCAUGGAGAGAAGGCGUCGCUGGGAAUUGCAGAAAAGGGUUCUAGCUGCAGCUGCCAAGAGAUCAGGCCAAGAAAAUGAAGGGGAAAAUGAAAAGACCAACAAUGGAUCAGAUAGUACGAAGAGAGACCGGUCAAUGCCAGACCUUUGUGUAAUAUGUCUUGAGAGAGACUACAACGCUGUUUUUGUCCCGUGCGGCCAUAUGUGUUGCUGUGUAGCAUGUUGUUCACAUUUGACAAACUGUCCACUCUGUCGACGACGAAUCGAGCUGGUAGUAAAGACCUUCCGCCAUUGAUGAGCUUAAAGGUCUCAUUAUUAUUAACCUUCAUGAGCACUCCUAUAUGUCUGAACACAAAAAUCUGCAAAGCCAUCAUAUUAUUUUCUUCUCGAAGGCAUGUGUCACGUGGUGCAAGAAUCUCACCAGCCAAUUAUAUGUUGCAGCCAUCCCGGAUUGCAGGUGAAAGCUUCUUUCAGAAGGUAAAUUAAACAUAAUUGCUCUGCACUAACUUCAUUUUUUCUGUGAAAACUGUAAAUGAUAUUAACCAGCCGUCUCUCUGUAAAUUAUGAUAUUAUUCUGGCAUGGACUAAAUUAAGAAGGUUUUAGCCUUAUUUUGGUCCUCGAACUUUCAUACUUAUUCUGUCUCGGUCCCUAAACUUUCAACUUUUCUAUCUUGAUCCCCUGUUUUCAAAUGCCCUGUUUUUUACCUAAAAUUUGCAUAGAAAACCAUUUUAUGGGCUAAAAUAUAACGUUUAGAAGCUUAGGGGCCAAAUGAAAUAAGCACUGAGAGUUCAAGGACUAAAAUAGAAACGUUUGUCAUAGGUCCAUCCUCGGCUUUCAUGGUUAGAAUUGUACACUAUCUGAAGUAAAAAAAUGUAUGGCGAUUCAUGUCAUGAGCAACGGACAAAUAAACUUGGUUUCUCAAUGGUGUUCUCAA